AAGAUACUGAAACUACCUCAAACCCUAUUUCCCAUUUGCAACAGUUCUCAGGACGCCGCCGUUGUCGACGCCGCCGCCACAACCGCAGUCGCGUCAUUCGCUUCGACCACAGCUGUUGCGUCUUCAACUCGUUUCCAUCUGUUGUUCUUGAAACAGUUACACAAUGCAGUCCAACGCAUCUUCAUCCAUGGAAGUUGAAACCGUGCCUUCUGAGGCUAAAACUUUGCCACCAAAGCCAAAGUUUGAGCCUUUGAAACCUCAUGAGAUGUCUGAUGGUCAGGUUCAGUUCCGCAAAGUGAAUGUCCCCCCACAUCGUUAUACCCCUCUCAAGAAAGCUUGGAUGGACAUCUAUACUCCCAUAUAUGAACAGAUGAAAAUUGACAUUCGAAUGAAUUUGAAGGCUAGGAAAGUUGAACUGAAGACAAGGCCUGAUACACCUGAUAUCAGUAACCUGCAAAAAUGUGCUGAUUUUGUCCAUGCUUUCAUGCUGGGUUUUGAUGUCAUAGAUGCCAUUGCUCUUCUGCGUUUGGAUGAGCUCUAUAUUGAGUCCUUUGAGAUCAAGGAUGUCAAAACACUUCGAGGUGAUCACUUAUCCCGUGCUAUUGGAAGGUUAUCUGGUAAAGGUGGCAAAACAAAGUUUGCAAUUGAGAAUGCGUCGAAGACAAGAAUCGUGAUUGCUGACACCAAAAUUCACAUAUUGGGAUCUUUUUCCAACAUUAAAAUUGCCAGGGAUUCUCUUUGUAGCCUUAUUCUGGGAUCACCUGCUGGAAAGGUGUACUCAAAACUAAGAGCAGUUACUGCCAGAUUGGCAGAAAGGUUUUGAUCUUCGCAUUACAGGAUUUUUCUAAAUUUCUGAGACCAAAUUCGAUGCGGAUGAGUUUUAAGCUAUUUGAUACGUGUAGAGUAGAGUGUUAUUUAUGAAUGUUUACUGAUUGAUUGUUCCAGGAAAAAACGAUUAUGUAUCAGUUUUGCAGUGUGUGUAGAUCAUCGGUCAAUAGACGAACAAUUAUUGUCGCUGCCUUUUUCUGUUCUGGUCUUGAAUAUUAGUAUUUAGUUUUAUUUUCUUUUGAACAUACUUUUAUAAUUUAUCAAUAUUUUUAAAAGUCAAAUUACUUAUCUUGUAAAUUGAUAACUUUUU